UCGUGAGUGUUAAAAAUUGAAGCAUAUCUGUCAAAGUUAUAGCCGCAGCCGCUAUCAAGAAUACAAGAAUAAUUUUGUAAUUCGAUUUCUGUUUUUAUUGUUGUUGUAACUUACUUUCGAAUUCCUAAAUAUGGCUCGCGAAAGUAGCGCUGGUUUCGAUAGACACAUUACGAUCUUUUCCCCAGAAGGACGAUUAUAUCAAGUUGAAUAUGCUUUGAAAGCAAUAAACCAAGGCGGUCUGACAUCCGUGGCCCUUCGCGGUGCGGACGCUGCCGUGGUCGCCGCUCAGCGCAAGGUGCCGGACCGCUUGCUGGACCCCGCGUCCGUCACACACCUCUUCAGACUUACCGAUCGAAUCGGCUGUGUCAUGACAGGCAUGACAGCGGACAGCAAGUCACAAGUGCAGCGGGCGCGCUACGAAGCGGCCAACUGGCAGUACAAGUACGGCACAGAGAUCCCUGUGCACAUUCUGUGCCGUCGCAUCGCCGAUAUCUCUCAGGUCUACACACAGAACGCUGAGAUGAGACCGCUUGGCUGCAGCAUGAUGCUAAUCGCGUACGACGACGAAACCGGCGCGAGUGUGUACAAAACAGAUCCGUCUGGUUACUACUGCUCGUACAAGGCCGUGGCCGCCGGAGCCAAAGCGACAGAUGCGAACGCUUACCUCGAGAAGAAGCUGAAGAAGCGCUCGGACCUGUCAGCGGAUGACGCGAUACAGCUGGCCAUAUCGUGCCUGUCCCAAGUGCUGUCGGUGGACUUCAAGUCCUCGGAGAUCGAGGUGGGGGUCGUGACCAAGGAUGAGCCCAAGUUCAAGGUUCUAACGGAGACUGAAAUCGAUAGACAUCUAACUGCCAUUGCUGAAAAGGAUUAAGGGAACAUCAUAAACAUUAUUAUUAAAAUUCAUUUAAUAAAAAAACUUUACAUA